AUGAAGCGAGAUCGAGCUGAAGCAGAACAAAUAGUCGCAAUGGCAUCACGUCCAUCUUCCCUCGCUAUACUUAGCAACUCGUCAAUAACUCAACAUUCCUGCAUGCCCAUUAAUGGAGGGAUCAACCAGAUCAAAUCGGGAGCUAUAGGCCUUUCCAGCUCGUCCUUAUCCGAUCAAGAAGCAAGCCACAAUUUAAAUUGGAAACUGGAGAAUGAGCAUGAAGACUUGAUAAAUCAACCUUUUGAUCGGUCUCCUAGCCUAGCCCCUCUUACGAGCUCUGCGAAUGCCAAGGAUGAUGGCUACAUCCUGUCUAAAUCCAAAGCUGUGAUGGCCACUCCCGAGGCCAACACUAGGGCUAGUCUUCAAACUGCCAUCGGUAACAGAGUUUUGGUGGGGGCCGAUCGGACUAUCUCCUGCAAUUCUGAUCCGUUGCAAGCCCGGAAACUCUCCACUUCUGCCCAUUCAAUUCCCCCGGCUUCAAAUGUAUACUCAGCCUGGACGGUUCCCAUUUCGAGCCUCCAGAGCCUGGAGACGUCAAUCGAAAUCGCAGGAGUGGGGGGUUAUGAUUCGAUUAAUAUAGAUCCUCUAAAGCUACACCAGCUCUUCACCAGAAAGGCCAAUGAGCUUUCCUCUCAAUCCCUCUCUUCCUCCUGCUCCUCUACUGCCCCCGCUGAUGUUCAACCCGAAAUCCCGGACUUCAACACUAACACCUCUUCUGGUGAUUCGCCUAAUAGAGUGUCCGUGAACGAGGUAUUUUCCAUUCGUCUAUCGACUGACCAGCUCAAAUGGCUGACAUCACCAUCUAAACGGGGACGAAAAAGCUUGACCGAGGAUUCAGGUGGGUCUAUGUCUUGA